AAGAAGAGGAAAAGGAGAAGGAGAAAGAUGAGAAAAAAACCCCAAGUUGUUUAAAAAUUGGAUAGAGAUUAAAUGAAGAUGACUGCAAUUUUUACGCAGAAAGGGGACUUGAGCUGACGGCGUAAAAGGUGCAGCCCAGUAUCCAACAGGAUGAGCCGUUACCCAUCACAUGGCAUUGGCUCUCACCGUGUAAAAGCUACCAACGACCUUUGGUUACUCACAAAAAGGACAAAAAACAGUUAUUGCAUAAACUCCUUUUUCCCGGGAAACAUCGAGUGGAUAACAAGAAAAGAGCCCCCCAUUAAAAACUCAGUAGCAAAACAGAAAUUGAAAGAAAGAUUCCCUUCUUCUUGUCUCUGAAUUCAAACCUUCAACUGUUAGAAUCGCAAGAGAUUCCUCAAAUUAAUCUUGGGUGUAUCUUGACUGGAGCUAUGACUUUGGGCUCUGAAUGGAAGUUCUCUCAAGUUUUUGGUGAACAAACUCCCGGUGAAGAUAUUCAAGAUUGUGAUAUUUUAUCUGCAAUGGAAUUUGACAAGAAUGGCGAUCAUCUUGCUGUUGGAGAUCAAGGUGGACGUGUCAUAAUUUUUGAGCGGCAGACUGGUAAAGAAGGUCUAUUUGACAGAAGUUCUCGACGUGACUCUGGUCAGUUCAACCUUCCACUUUGGCAGCAUCCUGAAUUUAAAUAUAAGACGGAAUUCCAAAGUCAUGAACCCGAGUUUGAUUAUUUGAAGAGCGUGGAAAUUGAAGAGAAGAUUAAUAAAAUCAGAUGGUGUACGAAACUCAAUAGAUCAUUGUUUCUUCUUACAGCAAAUGACAGGACGAUAAAACUUUGGAAGAUCAAGGAACAGAAAGUAAAGAAAGUUAAACAAAUGGACAUCAAUCCAUUUGUGACUUCAGAGAAUUCUCUUUUAGCUGAUAAAAGUUUCAUGAGUGGACAAAGUGAACCAUCUCAUGCUAAUGGUACCAGGCUAGAAUGGACUGACAAAAUGAAUGGCACAUUGCCCUCACAUCUUGCAGAUAUCACAAAUGUGGCUUCUAGAAGAUGCAGAAGAGUGUAUGCACAUGCUCAUGAUUUCAACAUCAAUUCCAUCUCAAACAAUAGCGAUGGUGAGACAUUCCUUUCUGGGGAUGACCUUAGGAUAAACGUAUGGAACCUUGAUGUCAGAGACCAGUGUUUCAACAUCAUUGACAUGAAGCCAAAAGAUAUGGAAGAUCUUACAGAGGUGAUUACAUCAGCAGAGUUCCAUCCAUUUCACUGCAAUUUGUUGGCUUAUAGUAGUUCACGAGGUUUCAUCCGACUUGUUGACAUGAGGAAAUCUGCACUAUGUGAUCACAGUGUGAAAAUAUUGCAAGAUGGGGGGAGCCGUGGCCCUAAAACACUUUUCAGUGAAAUCAUAGCUUCCAUAUCUGAUGUGAAGUAUGCAAUGGAUGGAAGGCAUAUCCUAAGUCGUGAUUACAUGACUCUGAAGUUAUGGGACACUCACAUGGAGACUUCCCCAGUUGCAACGUAUAAGAUUCAUGAACACCUCCGCCCUAAGCUUUCCAAGCUGUAUACAAAUGACGCCAUUUUCGAUAAGUUUGAUUGCUGCCUGAAUGGAGAUGGACUUCAAUUUGCAACUGGAUCUUACAGCAAUCAUCUUCGUAUAUUUUCUUGUGGAGCUGAGAAUGAAGAUGGCAUCACACUGGAAGUUAGAAAAAGUCCAAAUAGGAAACCAACGUCUCAAGCUACUACAAGGCCUCGAAGGUCGUCAUUGAGCAACUUGACUCGAGGAUUUUAUCGUCAAGGACAAGAUAGCUCAGAGAAUGAGACUUCCUGUAAUCUUAAGUCCAAGUUGCUGCAUCUGGCUUGGCAUCCAACGCACAAUUUGAUUGCGUGUUCUGUUGGAAGCAGCUUGUUCAUGUACCAUGCAUAAAGUGCUAUGAAGAGGACUGAGAGUAGUAACCUUUCUGUUCAUGGGCUUUGCUCCCUGUAAAUGGUAUUUUGUCCCUGUCCAUAUAGUAACAGCAUUUCUCACGUUGGGUAGU